UGGGGCUGCUGGCGACGCUGGUACCCGCUGACGCAGCUCCGCUGGAAUGGGAUGAAGACAAUCCAGGCUGUUUCCACAUGAUGCAGCACUACGACAACGGCGAGCAGAUCGUGACGGACGAGCCGUGCCUGAACUGCACCUGCCGCGACAACAUGCUCAUGUGCUUCCUCAAGGUGUGCCCGUACGUCCGCCCGCUGGGCAAGGGCUGCACGACGGAGAAGGCGCCGGGCGACUGCUGUCCCACCGUCACCUGCGACCAAGUCGAAGCCAUGGGCGGGGCCUUGGGAAAGCGGGAUAGCUCCUGGUGGCUGCUCAUGCUGGAUUACAACAUUCAAGAAGUGCACGUGUUCGUGUCGAUGCGAGUGCCGUCUGACCCGAGCGAGCCGUGCGACAUCUGCUACUGCAUCAGGAACCACACGGCCUGCGUGCAGCAGGAGUGCACCAUGCGCGUGCCCGGCUGCCGGCCCGUGUUCACCGCGGGGGUCUGCUGCCCCGUCCGCUACGACUGCGAUUUCGAGACGACCACGCUUCCUCCGCUAACGACCAUGCGGCCGGACCCUGCCGCCGGCUGUCUGCACAAUGGCCUCAACUACACGGACGGCGAGCAGAUCGCCGGCGAGGACCCAUGCCGACACUGCUACUGCAUGCACGGCGAGGUGAAGUGUGCCGUGCAGGACUGCGCCACGCCGCUGGACCACGCCCAGUCCUCGUGCCGACCGGUGCCGCCGCCGGCCGGGAACACCACGCGCCGGGUGCAGAUUCAGGGACGGCAGCUGGGUAACGACCUAGUGCCGCCCGUCAACGGUGGCGCCGACAGCACGGAGCCCGGCUCGGAAGACUCGAGCCUCUCGCCCGGCGUCGAGGAGACCACGCCGACGCCGCGCAAGCCACCCACCAGUCCCGACCUCUCCGUGGUGUACCCGACGCGCCCAGCUUCCGACUGUGUACCCGGGAGAGGCUUCGCCAGACGCCUCAACCCAGCCACCUGCGCACCCACCAGCGCCGUGACCGUCGACGGAGCGUGUUCCUCGGGCACCGAGUCAGAGGGAACAGACGCCACCACUGAGCCCGGCUUCGACUACCAGACAACAUCGGGCACCGAGUCAGAGGGAACAGACGCCACCACUGAGCCCGGCUCCGACUACCAGAUCAACAUCGGGCACCGAUCUGAGGACGGUACAACAGACGUCACCACUGAGCCCGGCUUCGACUACCAGAAAACAUUGGGCCACGAGUCUGAGGACGGUACAACAGAUGUCACCACUGAGCCCGGCUCCGACUACCCGACAACAUCGGGCACCGAGUCUGAGGACGGUACAACAGAUGUCACCACUGAGCCCGGCUCCGACUACCCGACAACAUCGGGCACCGAGUCUGAGGACGAGCAGCCCGGGGAAGCCGAGGAGGAGAACGUGUUCGUAGUCCAGGCGACCAUGAUGGAAGUGGACGGAUCUGGCGAAGACGGAGCAAGCACUCAACGUCCCCAAAGCACCGGUCCAGAGUCAACCACUAAAGACCUGUCAGCGGACAACUACGACUCUGGGGACGGCGACGGAUCCACGCCCGACUACGGCGCCGAGGCGGGUUCCGGGGAUGAGGGCGACCUCACCACCGAGCCGGGCGGUCAGCAAGGCGCCGUGGACGGCGGUGACCUGGUGCCGGAUGCGGAGCGCGACCCUGGCUCCGGGGAAGCCGAGACCGAUCGCGAGGCCGGCUCUGGCGACGACCCAGAAUCGGCGACCGAGGUGACGACCGAAUUCCCGUCUGUCAUCGACCUGCAGCAAUCCAUCCUCAACGCCAUCAACAACGCGCUGGGACUCGGCUCCGACGAUGCUUCCGAAGAGGCAGGCCCGUCCGGGGACCAGCUCAUUGGCAUCGACGGUCAGCCGACGACCACCGAGUCAAGCGCGGAGGAGGGUGCUAGCGAGGAGGAGAAGGCUUACUCCGGCGAGCUGGGGUCCGGCGGCAGCCCGCGACAGGAACAGGACAAGGCCGCGGACAUCUUCGCCAGCGCAACACCCGCUUCUGAGCCUGGCGUGACCUCCCAGCCCACGACCGAGUCAGAGUCGCCGGGCACCGGGGAUGCGGCACUGGACGAGCUGCUGCCGGCGGUACCCGGCGAGGGCUCGUGCCUGGUGGAGGGCGUGACGUAUGCGGCCGGCGCGCAGCUGCCCACCAGCAGCCAGUGCCAGAUCCGCUGCUUUCUGCGCCAACUCUGUCGCGAGGUGGAGCAGGCGCCGGUGGCGCUGCAGUGCUAUCUGGAGGGCAACAUCUACGCCGAGAACGACGUGAUCGUGCACCCGGACCCCUGCAAGUACUGUCUGUGCCUGAGCGGCGAGGUGACCAUCAGCAUCAGCGGGCUGGCGACCGGCCCCGAGCAGGCCUCCGACGAUGGCGGCCUCCAGACCCAGCCCACGGAGGCGUACACGGACGAUCUGCUGACGCCGACGGAUGGGCCUGGUGAAGGCGCCCCAGGGCAGCAGACAGAGCCGACGGAGGGGUCCGGUGAUGGUACCCCUGAGCAGCAGACCGAGCCGACGGAGGAGUCUGGUGAAGGCGCCCCUGAGCAGCAGACUGAGCCGACGGAGGGCCGACUGAUGAGUCUGGGUGAAGGCGCCCCUGAGCAGCAGACCGAGCCGACGGACGCGUACACAGACGGCUUGCUGAAGCCGACGGAGGAGUCUGGUGAAGGCGCCCCUGAACAGCAGACCGAGCCGACGGACGAGUACACAGACGGUUUGCUGGAGCCGACGGAGGAGUCUGGCGAAGGCGCCCCUGAACAGCAGACCGAGCCGACGGAGGGGUCUGGUGAAGGCGCCCCAGAGCAGCAGACCGAGCCGGCGGACGAGUUCGGUGGUGGUACCCCUGAGCAGCAGACCGAGCCGACGGAGGAAUCCGCCGGCGGAGAGACAGACGAGGAGGAGGGUUCCGCCGGCGCCCCAGACGGCGCGGUCGCUGACUCCGCGGACGACGCGACUCCUCAAGGCGAGGCCAGUGGCGACUCCCUGGCCACGCCUGAGACUGGCGCCACCACGGGAGCUCCCCAAGACAAGGAGGGCGAGGCCACCGUCGUAGGCGUGGUCGAGUCUGAGUCUCCUGCGCCGCCGGAGAGUGACUCGUCCGUGAUGGACGACUCUGACUCGGAGGCGGGUGUGACAGACCAGCCAACCCAGGACACGGCCGGAGCCGGGGCCACCCCUGCGGACAGCAGCGCCACGCCACCGGACCAAGGCAGCAGCUACGUGCCCGCCGCCGGAGCAGAGGGCACCGAGCGGUACCCGCCGGCGGCUUCGGAUAGCGUCGUCGUCUGCACAGACGCCGGCUGCACCGACGGCCAACGACCGGCCGCGGGCGGCCCCGGCUCCGGCCCCGCCACGGCCACACCCUUCCCCUGCACUGGCAGCGGCUGUCCGCCGGCACCGAACUCAGCCAGCCCGGACGGCAGCACGACAGAGACAGAAGACGGCACCACGGCCACAUCCUUCCCCUGCACUGGCAGCGGCUGUCCGCCGGCAACGAGCUCAGCCAGCCCGGACGGCAGCACGACAGAGACGGACGACGGCGCUACGGCCACACCCUUCCCCUGCACUGGCAGCGGCUGCCCGCCGGCACCGAGCUCAGCCAGCCCGGACGGUAGCACGACAGAGACGGAAGACGGCGCCACGUCCACAUCCUUCCCCUGCACUGGCAGCGGCUGCCCACCGGCACCGAGCUCACCGGAGGCCGAGUCGGAGCUGAUCUCGGUCACGGACGAGGUACUCGACAUGCUCGCCACCGUCGGGCCCGACGCGUUCGAGAACGCCACUGACAUCACGGACGCCGAGCCGCACGCGGCCGGCGCCUGCCUGUUCGACGGCAAGGUGUACGUGUCGGCGCAGCAGAUCCCGCGCGACAACCCGUGCGACUUCUGCUUCUGCUUCCGCGGCGACAUCAUCUGCCUGCAGCAGUCGUGCCCGCCGCCGGUGGCCGGCUGCCUGGAGCAGCCGAUCGAAGGCUUCUGCUGCCCGCGCUACGAAUGCCCCGUGGAGAGCGCUUGGAACGCCAGCCGGCCGGAGCCGACCACAGAGAGCGCGCCGGCCGCCGAGCCGGCCGGCUGCCGCAUCCAGGGCGCCGAGUACGGCAGCGGCCAGCUGGUGGAGUCGGCCUCGGGGCCCUGCCUCGAGUGCAGGUGCGGCGACAACGGUCAGAUGUCGUGCGACCCCAGGAGCUGCGAGCCGCAGCCGCUGCUCAAGAAGAUGAUGAUCACAGCCGCCCACAGGAGGAGGUGAGGCGGACACCCGCCCACAGUCGACAGGGUGCCUCGCGUGCUGGACGGGGCGGCGGCCCGGCGCAGCCAGCGGGCUGUUCCGAGGGCUCCGGCCCAGCUCGGAUGAUGGGACGCAAGCAGGGUGACACGCACCCCGUGUGAUUGCAGUACGAGUGCGGACAGCAGCUGGCGGGUGCCAAAGUGAUGUCGAGCCACGGCGAACAAUCACAGUGCUAUCCGGCGGCUGGCGGUGCCGCGGCGACGCGUG